AUGCUCGAGGCCAGUGACCGCCGAGCUCUCGCCGCGGGCGGAGGGUCCUACCUCGCCGUCGUCUGCGCCUCGCAGGCGGUUCAGCUCGUCGCCGGGAUCACGACGGCCACUCCACUCCUCCCGACGCUGCUCGGGGCCUGCACCGUCGGCGGCGCUUCUGCCGUCGCUCUGCGUGCCGCAGACGCUGCUGGCGGCAGACGCCGCUCGCUUGCGUCGACAUACGCGUGCCACAGCGGCGGGUCGGCCGACGCGACGGCGGCGCUGGCGGGCGCGGCCCUGCACGUGUGCUUUGGCUUGGGGGUGCGAUUCUGGGCUCUCAGCCCGUCGAGCCUCGCCGCCGAGGGCGCAUUCGCCUGGGCGGCCGCCUCGCUGCCGGCGGGCGAGGGAUACGCCUCCACGCCCCAGAGGGAGGCGCUGCAGCGAUUUGGCCGCCUCGCCGGCUGCCACUCUUGCGGCACCCGCUUUGCGGCGCAGUAUGUCGGCGACCACGUGCCUCCUCUCUCGGUGGCGAGCCGCCGCCCGCGGCUGCUCAGCGCGGUGCUCGGCCGGCCGGCCUUCCGCUUCUACCCGCAGUGUCGGGCCUGCUCCGCCCAGCAGGCGGCGACGAUGAACCGCCGCGCGCGUGACCUGCCCUCCACCCUCGCGAGCCGUGCCGUCUACCACCUGCCGUCGCCGCUGCGCGCCACGAGCUACGUGGGCGUGGCGGUCGUCGCCCUCGCGCUCGCCGCCGAGGCCGACGUCGGUCCCGCCCGCAGAGCUCUCUCCAUCGCGUCGGGCGCCGCGGACGCCACUCGGCAAAAGCUUCUGUCGGCCCGUGCGACCUGCGUUCGCGCUUGUGUGGCCGCCCGCAGCGCGCACCUUCACGCUGAGCCUGCCUUUCAUUUCUGCGCAAGCGGAUCCUGGCGGAUUUUGAGUAAAUAA